CUGUCCCAUCGAAUCUUUAUUCUCAUUGGCUAAUAAACAGCUCCAUGAAUUUCGCUCAGCUGCUCCCUAAAUCACAUCUGGACCGUUAAUCUGACAGACCUACACAGAUUUAACGGUUCAGAUUUCGUGACUUAAUUUUAAUUCGCCGGCUACUCGUUGCUGCUGUGUGUCGAUUUUGACAGAAACAACCAAAAUCUAGAAGAGAGAGAGAGAGAGAGAGAGAGAGAGAAGCUUCCAUAGAGAGAUCCGUGGAGGAGAAUUUCUAGCAGACCACCGAUCUGUUGUCUUUGUCGGAAACUUUCGAGUUGUCUGAAUCAUAAAAAAAAAUGGGUUUGUGGGAUGCUUUUCUCAAUUGGCUUCGCAGCCUCUUCUUCAAGCACGAGAUGGAGCUUUCAUUGAUUGGUCUUCAAAACGCAGGAAAGACCUCACUUGUUAACGUUGUCGCUACCGGUGGAUACAGUGAAGACAUGAUUCCUACGGUUGGUUUCAACAUGAGGAAAGUGACAAAAGGGAGCGUCACCAUCAAACUUUGGGAUCUCGGUGGUCAACCUCGGUUCCGCAGCAUGUGGGAACGCUACUGCCGUUCUGUUUCCGCCAUUGUCUAUGUAGUUGAUGCUGCUGAUCCUGACAACCUUAGCGUCUCGAAAAGCGAGCUCCAUGAUUUGUUGAGCAAGACGUCUCUUAAUGGUAUCCCUCUUCUUGUCCUUGGUAACAAAAUCGACAAGCCUGGAGCUCUGUCUAAAGAUGACUUAACCGAGGAGAUGGAGCUCAAGUCGCUUACGGAUAGAGAAGUCUGUUGCUUCAUGAUAUCUUGCAAGAACUCUACCAACAUUGACCAAGUCAUUGAUUGGCUUGUUAAGCACUCCAAGUCAGCUAGCUAAACAGAACCCUUUGAUCUUUUCUCAGUCUUCCUGUGGAAAAAAAAAAAACACAAGAUUUGUCUUUGUUUUGCUGUUCUCUGUAUAUUAGAUUUUGAUUGCUUUUCUUCCUCUUAUUCAGAGCCGUAUUUUAUCA